GUCUGGGUAACUUUAUUUUUGUUACUCGAGUACUUUCUCGAGCCCCACUGGCACUCAUACACUUUCCAGCGAGACGUCGCGCCUUCGUCCUUCUUGUAGUUUAGUAGCUCUAGAUAGAUGUAGCAUUGCUAGAGCUCGUACUCGUUCAGCACACACCCCCGAGGCCCAUCAUGAUGGAUCCGCCUCCCGAGCAAAAUAGAGUUCCAGGUGGGACACACAUGCAAUCAGUAGAAGCCUUCGUUAAUCCCUCGCCACUGCAGCGUGACCACCAACCCAGUCGCAGUUCUUCUUCCUCAAAGUACAAGGAAACCAAACGCGUCGAUGCGAGCGACUUUGGGAAGUCGGUCGCGAGCGGGGCGGUAUCCGGGUUCGCAGUAAAGACACUUACCGCGCCACUGAGUCGAAUGACGAUCUUGCUCCAAGUAACGCCGCCCACGGCAGCGGGUGUUCCUCGUGGUGCAGCUACGUGUGCGACCGGAAAACAACUUCCAACCUCUCCGAUCUUGACCGGAACAAAUCCCAGUUCCUCUUCGACCAGCGGUCUGAACAAGCCAACGAGCGUGAAACUGGGACCUGCCAUAUCAAAAUGGAAAAUCCCCCCACCCCAUAUCAAAACGAAAUUUCUGAUGCUGGAUUUGCGUACACAAAUCAGGUUUGUCUUGCAGUAGGGGACUGCAGGCCGAUAUCAUGCCACUGCGCAGAGGUUUUGGCCUAGGCGCUUAGCAUGGGGAACGCCUAUGCUGUAGGACCAACAGCAUUACAAACCGCCUGCAUAAUGGGGCGGAGCGGAUGCCGUUGCUUUCUUGCAAGACAGACACGAUUUGUGGUCACGAAUCAGCAUCGCAAAUUUUUUGAGGCGUUCCUUUUCGAUAUGGGGAGGGGGGAUUUUUCCUUACAAUAUGCCACAUCAGCAGGCACGACCAUAGUACAACAGAAGCCUGGCUCGACCACAAACUUCGUCCCCACGGGGUCCCUGGACUUGCUGCGGAAAGUUGUGCAGCAGGAGGGUGUCACUUCCUUCUGGAAGGGAAAUUGGACCAGUAUUCUGCACAAAGGACUACUGACAGGCUUAAACUACGGAUUGUUCGAGACAAUCAAGAACAGCCUGCGUCCGAUUUGGAGAUCCGAUACAGACCCCGGGUUUCUUGCACGAACGGCGGCAGGGUACGAAGAGUUAGAGUCCUCCCUCUGGAAAUGUUCAAUGGUUGUUAAAGGUUUGCAUUUGCAAUUUGAAAAUAUGACUUUUUCGAUACCGCUUGAUUUCGUCCAGAAACUUCUAUAAUCCAAUGUGCCGCGUCUUCAAGCGCAAGUGCAACCUUUAGUAUACAUUCCGGAAGAACUAGUUGUACUACGGUAGGAAAAAUUGUCACACAAACAAAAGGUUUCUCGCGAGCUCGGUUUCCUUGACCAUCGCCUACCCCUUCGACCUUAUGCGCACCCGGUUGGCCUGCGAGCAGAGAAACUACCACCUCUCGGUCCCCACUGGUCAGCAGUGGCUGGGCGUUUACCGGGAUGUGGUCAAGACGGAAGGACCACGUGCGCUGGUUCGCGGGCUCCCGUGUACGCUGUUGUGUCAGGGACUCAAUGUCGGGCUCAAUUUCGGCAUUUACGAGACGCUCAACGUCUAUCUUUUGCGGUACAGAAUUGUAGCACUGUGCCUGCGUGUGUUGAUCUUUCAGUACUCUUUUUGGAACAGUACCGAGCAAGCAAAGUCUUUUCUUUUUGCGAAAAUUUGGGAUGAACAUUUUAUCGCGACAUACGAUGCAUUUUAUCGCGACAUACGAUGGUCAGUCUCCAUAAAUUGAAAUUCUACCACCUUCUACAGCGAGCAGCAUACCCGAACUACAUUCCUAGAAACCAUGGGUUGUGGGGCCGUCGCAGGGAUCACUGCCUCAACUCUGGUGCAGCCUUUGGACCUGAUCCGCCGGCGCCAGCAGAUGAGCAACGAGAGCUGGACGGUGCUCCAGUGGGGUCGGCAUGUUGUGCAGAGCCACGGACUGCGGGGGCUGUACCGGGGCUUGGUUCCUGAACUGCUGAAAGUCGCGCCAGCAGUGGGGCUCAACUUUUAUAUUUACGAAUGGAUGCGACAAGAAGUGUUUCAGACCAAAGUACAUCCAAGAUGACAGUUUUUGCGUUUUGCAUACCAUGAGAUUUUUUGUCGUCGCAUUCUGACAUCUCCGUUUUUGACGUGAUUGCGAUUUUAGUAUGCGCACCUCUAUGUAUCAUAGAUACAGAUACUACGCAACAUCUAUCACGCAUUCUCAGUAAAGUUUUCGUUGUUGCUGUUGCCAU